AGCAGCUCAACAUGGCCCACAAGUUCAUCUGCUCUCUGCUCCUGCUCGCAGCCAUUGCUUCGGUAUCGUUGGCGGAACCAGCUGGAUUCCGUAGCCGAUCAUCUCGUUUCCAGUUUGCCCGUCAGGAACAGGCCCCAGAUGAUCAGACUGCUCCGGUCGAUCCAGCCGUGGAUAUUGCGCCUACCCGGGACUCAGCUCCUUAUCCGCCAGCAGGAGUUACUCCGGAGGUUCCCUUCGACCUGCCCACGGAGACAGAGGCUCAACCUGAUCUGACCUACGGACCACCAGCUGAGCCCGACAACACCUACGGACCACCCGAUAAUACCUAUGGACCCCCCGCCGCUCCUGAUAACACCUAUGGACCUCCAGCUGAUGGCCCAGUUGAUCAGGCUCCUGUGGAUGCAGCGGAACCCGUUCCAGCCAGUCUGAUCCAGCCUCGUAAUGGACGCCUCCGCAGCCGUCGCCCCGUCCCAGAGAAGCUUCGUUCUGCCCAGAUCAUCCGGUCCAAACCAGUGCUGGUAUACUCCAUUUGCCAAGUCGGAUUGGGAAAUCAGAACAGAAGCCCUUCAACAGCGAAAAUGAUUAAAGCCAGCUCUGCGCCAAUUGCAAUUCUUGUCCUGAGCCUGAUCGCUCUGAGCUCGGCGGAACCACUCCGCCGGAGAUUCCUAGCCCGGCAGGAGGAGGCUCCACCUAGCCCUUCGCCCACGGGCUAUCCGGAGGCGGGAAUAACCCCCAGUGUUCCCUUCGAUCUGCCCAGCUCAACAGCCAAGCCGGACAGCACUUACCUGCCGCCAGAUAACACCUAUGGACCGCCAGACAACACCUACGGACCUCCGGACAACACCUACGGACCACCAGAUAACACUUACGGACCUCCAGAUGCCGAUUCUGUGCCGGUGGCUGAUGCUGAGUCGGAGACACAACCUGAGAAUCCCAUUGAAACCGAUGAUAUUCCAGAGCCUGAGGAGGAGUCGGUUGAUGGCGCCAAGCUGCAGCCCGCUGACGCUGACGCAGUGGAGGAUGAGCCACAAUUGGCGGUGGCUGAGGAUGGUUCUGUGAUCGUCGUCGCCAGCAGUCUCGACCAGCCACAGCCCGCCCGACUCUACCAGCGAUUCCCUCAAGGUCGUCGUACUCAGCAGCCUGUUCCACAGCGACUUGUCCUGCGUCGCAGAUGGUAAACGUCUUUUAUAGAAUUUAAUGACUAGAAUUAAAUGUUUUCAUUGUUCAUUAACAUAUCGUUGCAUCAGAAUAAAUAAAAUACCUGACAGGUAACGAACACUAAA